UGCAGCGAGCAACACCAAGGAGAUAAAGGUUGUAUUUACAUGUCCAAAACCAUUCCCUCAAGUGCCAGUCAGCUACGUUGUUGACCUUACCAAGCUGUACUUGAUUGCCUUUGAAUUACGACCGGUCAAUUUUUCCUUGAAGGCUGCCUUGGCCGUUUGUCCGUCUUCUGAACACACGUCUGAGAGCCGAGUGGAACGCCCCUUCCCAAAUGUCCAGUCGGUGAUUCUCUAGUCGCGAUCAAGAGUUCAGCGGGCCAAGAGAGCCCGGACUUACCACCCCGAAGAUGGCGAGUUCCCUGGCUGCGCAGUUGGCGCAGAUCGCGGCCAACUCGCGGACCAGCUUGAAUGCCAAGACGCUCAAGGCUGCUCAUUCCAAGUCGUUGAUAUUCGAGCCUCGAGAGGCCGCCAGUCAGACAUUCGCCGAGAUAUACACUAUAUGCUACGGAGGCUUCGAGGAUUUGUGCCAUCUCGACCCUCGCUUCGCUCCGUUUAGGGCGACACUGUUCAGCGAGCAGAGCCAGGAGGCCGAUCGGACCCAGAUGACGCCGGAGGAGAAUGCGGCCUUGGACAAACGCGUCAACUCGUUCCUCCACCUGGUUGCCGGUCGCCUACGGCUUAACCCCGCCAUCAAGGCCAUUGAGUGGUUGGUGAGGAGAUUUCGGAUCCACGAGUUCAAUACGGCAACCCUCAUAACCACAUUCCUUCCAUACCACACGAUCCCGGCUUUCGUUACCCUUCUUGAUAUCCUGCCAGCCAAAAUACCCCAGGAGUACAGGUUUCUAGACCCCUAUAAACGCUCUUUGACGGCCCCGCCGCGGGCUGCCAUUGUGCAGCAAGCAACAAACCGGCCUGAGUUGCUAUCCAUCAUCUCCCAGUACACGCUUGAGUCAUGCCGGGCUAAGCAGGAAUACCCGGGCCUCGUGUCAUUCUGGGGUGGCGUCAUGGCCGAGGCUGUCAACGGCAUGCUUGACAAGAUGCGGUCCGGCAGGCGGAGUGUCCAGCUUGAGAAUGACCACAAGCUUCUCCAGCAAACUGGGCCGGUUUUGAGCGAGGCAAUGCUCAUGAAAGACGUCCCUGGAAUCCAGAUCGCGAGCUACAUGAUCGUCGCUAUCCUUGCUGCCAAGGGCAGCCUGAACGACGGUGCGCUCUCCGCAUUUAUGGAGCAGCUGGUCCAUGGCUGGACUGCUGAUACCUACCGCCCUGGCCUUGUUUGUCUUAGUAUCCUCUCACAGCACCGCUCCGCAAAGCAGGUCUCUGGUCGGAUCGCCAAGGCUCUCCUCAAGAUCCCGGCUCUUGUCCCGAUUCUGUUGGAGAUCAGCCGGGAUCACCGCGUUGACAAGUUAGCCAACGGGCUUGCGCUUGCCUUCGUGGAUCGCUUGUCCAAGAAGGGUGAUGCUCGAAGCCUUCCUGCCAUUAACGCUCUGCUUCUGGCAAACCUUCUGCAGGAGAAGCAAGUCAAGGUUGUCUACAAAGCAAUGCUUCUGGCAGCCCACAGGAUCAACGAUGAGAUUGACGGCGACGGCCGUAUCCGCAAAGAAGUUGGCUCUUCUUUGGUUACACUGUCGCAGGCCGGCGGGCUCACGGGGGAUGCCGUCAGGUCCGCUAUUGAGGAGGUGGACUUCGACAUUGAGGAGAUCGAGCUUAAACUGGGGGCCGCUCUCCGCCCGAAACUUACGAUUGAGCAGAUUCCAGAGCAGGUGGACGAGAACCAGGCGGUGAAGCCAGCCGAAAAGGGGCCAAGCCUGGAUUCGGCAUUGCAACAGUUGUCUAAACUGGAGCCAUCGUCCUUGUCUUGUCUGUCGCCAACGCCAGCGGUAUUGUUCAACGAUCUCUGCACGGCAUUUCUGCUCGCCGCCGCCAGUGAGAGUGACCUGAAGAGGUUCGAUACCGCUCCAGUGUUAACCCGGUCUCUGGCACCAAGCAACUCGUUUUACUUCAGCUUCUAUCUCCGGGUCUGGUGCGGGCCGUUUCCAUCCCUUGCCAAAGUAGCCGCCCUGGAAUGCGUCAAAUCCCGCCUGAAGGAAAGCGACUGCGCUGGGAAGGAUUUUCAGGCCAUUAUACCUUACUGUGCUGUUGCACUGAGCGACCCGGCAAAGAAAGUCCGCCGUGCCGCAGCAGACCUCGUCGCCGUUUUGAGUUCCCAUGCCAAAACUGCUUUCGAAAAGUCCCAGCAGCCUUGGGGGUUUAAGGGUCUGUACGGCGAUCACGAAUUGCCGAGCCCACUGGGCCGUGAUGCCGUCAAAUCCCUGGUCGAGUCGGUUCUGAUACCUUGCCUGGAGGAAUCAGUUCUUCACGAGGAUCAUCUCACGGCGGCCAUUGUUACUGCAUUGGAGAGCGCCAAGGGUUCACCAGAAAAGGCAGCCGGAAAGCGUCAUCUCUCUCAUGGGACGAGGCUUUCGAUUCUCAAGUUCCUCUGCGGACAUGUCAUAGAAUCGCCUUUGCUGGCCGUCAAACUACGAUUACUACGCGCAAUCAACCAGAUACGCAGCAUCUCGGGAACCUCGAGGACGGAUCUGUUGCUGCCACUGCUUCGCUGGUGGGCUUCUCUCAGCGGAAAUGAAGCCGCUGAGCUUGCUGCGCAAGAAUCACUGGACGAGAAGCAGAUCGACCAAGCCUUCGUAGACGUCGUGGUCGCAAACAACACUUUAGGUCUCGAAACGUUCUUUCAACUGAUAAACGAUCCGAACACCGCUCUCAGGCCCAACCUCGUACAGGCCAUCUUCGGCCGCAUUACAAAGAUGUGGCCAUCAAUGAAGUCGAACACCAAGUUCACAACAGCGCGGACAAUGUUUGAUAUUACACAGUCUGCGGCCCGUCUCUCUCCCGAGCAGAGCUCCGUCAUUGCGGAGGCAGUGGAUUUCCUAAGGAAGGUGGACUUAACGACGGACAUCUUGCUCGAGUUCAUCAACUCCUUGCAGCACGAGGUCAAACUUGCGACCGAUACCCCGGCGAACAAGCGGAGGCGAACCAGCACGGCAGACCAGAGUCGUAGUGUGAGUCUGCAAGGGAGUCAAGAAUUGAAGACAGCUCUGAACAAGUCAACAUUCGUUCUGGAGCUUGUGCAAGAAUCCAACCCAGCUCAGCACCCCGAAUUGCUCCCGAGCUUAUUUCAAACCCUGUCGGAUCUCCAUCAUCUGGGCGCGCUUGUGGGAUCCGAGCUAGGAUAUCUCCAAAAUUUGGUGCUGAGCAGCCUCCUCACCAUGAUACCGGCGUUCAAGAACAACAAGGACCUGACGAUCGAUGCGUCAGCCGGGCACGGCGACGUCUUGGCAACUUGCAUCCAGAAGUCAUCUAGUCCUGCCGUCAUCAAUUCGGCGCUGCUCCUGGUGGCCAAUCUGGCUCGGACGGCCCCGGAUGUGGUGCUGCAGAGUGUCAUGCCGAUUUUCACGUUUAUGGGCAGCUCGGUGCUUAAGCAGGCUGAUGACUACUCUGCCCAUGUCGUCAAUCAAACAGUCAAGGAGGUUAUCCCUCCUCUGAUUGACACCUUCCGGAAAAGAAGUCGGAACUUAGUUGCAAGCACCAAGGAUCUUCUUGCCAGCUUUGUAACCGCCUACGAGCAUAUACCUUCGCACCGAAAGCACGAUCUCUUCAUCAGCCUGGUGGAAAAUCUUGGCCCAGAAGACUUCCUCUUCGCUGUCCUUGCCAUGUUUGUCGACAGAUAUGCUGCGACCGACAACAUGAUCUCUUUCACGACCCAAAUGAUGAGUUCAUUCUCCGUAGAAGUCCAGCUUCAAACUCUUAUCAAGCUCCUGGACUUGGUCAGCGACAUAUUCAAGCCCAAGCCUGCUCUCUCGAGCGUGCUUCUUGGCACCGACACGACCGGAGAGCAAGAUUCCCAAAAGACGGCCGCAAAGCAGCUCAAUCUUCUCCCGCACUUGCUCGCGAAUAGGCGGCUGAAGCGUGAGAUCGCCCAGCUUGCUGAAAGAGACGAUAUGGAGGCAGGCAAAAUUCGCGAUCUCUACGCCACGCUCCUCGAAAGUAUUUUGACUCUCGCUGGCACCGUCAAGACCAAGAAGAUGCUGUACAACCGCUGCGGCGAUGCACUGUCCAAUCUUCUCAAUCUACUCUCGAUUGCCGAAUUCAUCAGAAGUGUAGAGGCAUUGCUUGACCGGCCAAAUGUCGGGCUGCGGCAGAAGGUUCUUCGGGCCCUUGAGUUGCGGGUAGACAAUGAAAGCACCACAGACGCAAAGUCGAGGGACGCCUUGCUUGCUUUCCUUCCUCAAUUGACCGCAGUGAUUCGGGAAUCGGACGACAUGAACUACAAGCAUACGGCCGUGACCUGCGUCGACAAGAUCUCGGAAAAGUAUGGCAAGAAAGACAUCGACGCCGUGGCUGCUGCGGCCGCCACCAUCGCGGGCGAUCACUGCCUCGGUCAGUCAUCUCAGAGUCUCCGGGUAAUGGCCUUACUCUGCCUGGCCUCGCUUGUAGACGUUCUACAGGAUGGCAUAGUCCCCGUCCUACCCGUCGCCAUCCCGAAAGCGCUAGGCCACCUGGAAGAGAGCUUGAGCAGCGAUACCGCCGACACCGAACUUCACAAUGCCGCAUAUGCUUUCAUGGCAGCCCUGGCCCAGCAUAUCCCGUACAUGAUCUCCGGUGCUUACCUCGACCGGAUCCUAGCGUGCUCAAACAAGUCUGCAGCGGCGCACCUGGACGACGAGUCGAGCAGCAACCGGUCACACUGCCUCCAGUUUUUGGCAAAGCUGGUUGAACCGAAGGCCCUGUAUGUUGCUCUUGAACAUAACUGGGCCCUUGCCGCCAAGUCCGGGUUAUCUGCGAUGAGUGAAUAUCUCGACAUCCUGGGGAUGGCACUUGACAAGCAUUCCAAGUCGGUUGUCGCUAAAAAUGUAUCCUCCCUCUCAGUCAUUUUCCUCAAGGCUAUGGACUUGAGGAGGAUGAUUGUUUCGGGGGAUGCCGCCUCGCUUACGCCGUCUGAAAUGGAAGAGAUCGAGAGGAAGGUCAGCGACGACGCGCUCAAGAUGGUCUACAAGCUGAACGACGCCGCUUUCCGCCCCAUCUUCUCCAAACUCAUGGAGUGGACAUGGAGCGGGCUUCCGAAGAACGAUACUGCCGGUCGCACCCUGCGGCUCCUCACCGUGUACGGAUUCCUUGAGGUCUUCUUCGACAAUCUCAAGUCCAUCGUGACCAGCUACGCCUCGUACGUGAUUGAGAGCGCUGUCAAGGUACUGUCAUCGCUGGCGGACCUGAAGGAGCCCAGCGGAAAAGAGCUGUGGAGGAGGGUUCUCCGCACCCUCACCAAGUGCUUUGAGCACGACCAGGACGGUUUCUGGCAGGCGCCGGCGCACUUUGGUGCUGUUGCACCAGUACUCGUCGAGCAGUUCGUCCGCGCCGCCGACGUGGCCGAGGGCGAACUGAUCCCCGCGGUGGUGGAGCUCGCGGCCGCGGCGGACUCCCAGGAACACCACAAGGAACUCAACGGCGCGCUGUUGAAGCACCUCCGCUCCGGGCAGGCAUCAGUGCGGCUAGCAGUGGUCAAGUGCCAGCAGGCACUGACAGCGAGACUGGGAGAGGAGUGGCUGCAGGCACUGCCCGAGAUGCUGCCGUACAUCAGUGAACUCCAGGACGAUGACGAUGAGGUUGUGGAGAGAGAGAAUAGGAGGUGGAUUGUGGGCAUCGAGGAGAAGUUGGGCGAGAGCCUGGACUCGAUGUUGCAAUGAGGGCAUCCAAGGGGGUGGGUGUAUGUAUCUAUGGAGGAUAUUCGCUUGAGGGCACCUGUGGUCGUGGGUUUCAAUAUCUAGGGAUAGGAAAAGGAUAUGUACAUAUGUAAAUAUUCGUACGUGAGAGUAAAUCUGGAUUUUGCA